GGCCAGGGACUUUAACCCAGCUGUUUAUUCUCUUGCUCGCUCCAUCCGCUGAGGAAGAGGAGGAGGAGGUGGCGAGUCACUCCACAGUGGCAGGAGGCCUGGCGGGGAGCUCAAGCACAGGAGCCUGAACAAUAACCAGAAGAAAAAGAGCUACAGGAGGAAUUAGAAGAAGAAGAAGAACAACAAGAACAAGAAGAAGAACAAGGAUUAGCAGCUGGAGGUCGAGUCCUCCACAGUGGAAGGAAGACAAGCAGGAAGGAAAAAAGGAGUAACUGGAAAAAAAUAGCAGAACUAUCAGAAAAACUAGAAGAAUUAGAAGAAGAGCACAGAGAAGAAGGACAAUUAUCAGCAGGAGAACGAGGCUCACUCCAGAUUGGCAGGAGGCCAAGCAAGGGGCAGAAGGAACACCUGAACAAGAACUAGGUGAACUAGAGGAAGAACUUGACAAAGAGCUAGAAGAAAGAGGAGUGGCAGCAGGAGGCCAAGCGGGGAGCAGAAGGAGGAGGUCAGGAGGUGCACCAGAGUGGUGCGGGUCGCAGCUCCACAUCCAUUCGGGGCACCAGGAGACAAGCGGGACCAGAGCGAGCGUGAGGGUGGAGAGGGUGCCGCCUCACCACCAUGGAUUUUAAGGCCAACUUGAAGGGGGUCAAGACCAAGUCGGAGGAUGAGCGCAAGGCGACCAGUGGUGCAGCGCAGCAGAUGGACUUCCGCGCCGUGCUGGGAAAGAAGGGCAGCGUUGCAAACAAGGCCGCUGCCCCGGCCGAGGCGCCCGCCAAGAAGAACGACGCCGCAGCCAUCGACAAUAAGAAGUCGAGCGGCGUGGACAAGAACGGAGAGCGCGGCAAGGUGGUCAACAAUUUUGUGAAGGACGGCGGGGAAGGCGGCGGCAAGAUGCCCCGGUUCACUGAGAAGCUGAGCGACAUGACGGUUCUGGACGGACAGCGCCUGCAUCUGCAGUGCCGACUGGACACUGCCUGCGACAUCAACGCAAGCUGGACGCUCGAUGGGAAACUCAUCAAAGCCUCCAAGUUCAUCGUCCUCAAAAACCAAGAUGGCGUGUGCUCGCUGAGCAUCGACAAAGCUUUGCCCGAGGACGAAGGCGAGUACAAAUGCAAAGUGGAGAACUCGGCAGGCCGGGCCGAAUGUUCUUGUUUGGUUCUGGUGGAUGAUCCUCCGGAAAAGUCGGCGGCUGACAAGAAUUCCAAGAAGAAGACGGCGGCCACCUCAGAGAGUGAAGCUCGAAUAAAGAAGCCCACAGCCAAGACGCCGCCUAAACAAGCGCUGCCUCCUCACAUCAUUCAAUUCCCGGAGGAUAUGAAGAUCCUGGCUGGGGAGAAGGUGGAGAUCCUCUGCAAGUUCUCUGGAGCGCCGCCAAUCAGCUGCACUUGGCUCAAGUUCAGGAAACCGAUCCAGCAGGGCGUGGCGGAGACGUCCAUCAGCAGCACGGACAGCAGCAGCCUGCUGACCAUCUCCAGUGGACAGCAGGAGCACUGCGGAUGUUACACCAUUGAACUCAGAAAUCAAUAUGGCCUCCGGCAGGCUGCGCUCAAUCUUACCAUCGUGGACAAGCCAGAUCCACCCGCAAAGGUUCCGGCCCUGUCCGAUGUGAGACGUUCCAGUCUGACGCUGUCCUGGUACGGUCCUACCUACGACGGCGGCAGCGCCGUGCAAAUCUAUCACCUGGAGAUCUACAACUCUGUGGACCAGAAGUGGACGCCGCUCGUGUCCUGCAACAGCACGUCAUACAACGUCCAAAACCUUUUUCCAGAGCGGCAAUAUAAAUUCCGGAUCCGAGCGGAGAACAUCUACGGCAUCAGCGAGCCUAGUGUCGAAUCCGAGGACGUCACCGUGGGCCUGGUGGACGAUAAUGAGAACCAGGAAGAGGCAGAGGAGGAGGAGGAUGACUCGGAGAAGGAGCCAGACUACAGGCAGGUGACGGUCCGAACAGACGUGAAGGUGAAGGAGCUGUACGACGUGGAGGAGAGGCUGGGAACAGGCAAGUUCGGUCAGGUGUUCAAGCUUGUGGAAAAGGCCACCAAGAAGGUGUGGGCGGGCAAGUUCAUCAAGGCGUACUCCGUCAAGGACAAAGACAAUGUUCGGCACGAGAUCAACAUUAUGAACAGCCUCCACCAUCCAAAGCUGGUCCAGUGUGUGGACGCCUUCGAGGGAAAGUCAGACAUCGUGGUGGUGCUGGAGAUGAUCUCUGGCGGCGAGCUGUUUGAGCGCAUCAUUGACGAGGACUUUGAGUUGUCAGAGCGCGAGGUGAUCAAGUACAUGCUGCAGAUCGUGGACGGGGUGGGCUUCAUCCACAAGCAAGGCAUCGUGCACCUGGACCUCAAACCCGAGAACAUCAUGUGUGUCAACAAGAUUGGCAGCAAGAUCAAACUCAUCGACUUUGGCCUGGCCAGGCGGCUAGAAAACGCCGGAACCCUCAAAGUUUUGUUUGGAACCCCCGAGUUUGUCGCGCCCGAAGUCAUCAACUACGAGGCCAUCAGUUAUCCCACCGACAUGUGGAGCAUCGGCGUCAUCUGCUACAUUCUGCUGAGCGGUCUGUCGCCCUUCAUGGGCGACAACGACAACGAGACGUUGGCCAACGUGACUUCGGCCACAUGGGACUUUGAGGACGAGGCCUUCGACGAGAUCUCAGAUGAUGCCAAGGACUUCAUCACCAGGCUGCUCAAGAAGGACAUGAAGGCACGUCUGAGCUGCCACCAGUGUCUGGAGCACACCUGGCUCAAGCAGGACACCAACACCAUGAAGACCAAGAAGCUCUCCAAGGAGAGAAUGAAGAAGUACAUCUUGAGGAGAAAGUGGCAGAAAACGGGCCAUGCCGUAAGAGCCAUUGGCAGACUGUCGUCCAUGGCCAUGAUGGCGGGGGUCCACGCCAAGAGGGGUUCACCCACUGACGAGGACAACCAGUUUUUGGAGUGCUUGGAGCUGGAACAGAAGGCCGAGUGUAAGCCCAGCUUCAGCACCGUCAUCCAGGAUGUAGAAGUGGUGGAGGGCAGCGCCGCACGCUUCGACUGCAAAAUCGAAGGUUAUCCUGACCCCGAGGUGGUGUGGUACAAGGACGAACAGCCCAUCAAGGAGACCAGGCACUACCAGAUCGACUAUGACGAGGACGGCAACUGCAGCCUGGUCAUUUCAGAGGUGUCAGGCGACGACGAUGCCAAGUACACGGUAAAGGCUGUCAACAAUCUGGGUGAGGCCACUUGUACUGCGGAGCUGCUGGUAGAGGUCAUGGCUGGAGAAGAGGAGGAAGAGGAGGAGUGAGGCCACAGCUUCUGGACAGCAGAGGAAAGCAGCUCAGAUAGGAAGUGGCACAGUUGUACUUCCUGUCUGGAGACCAGGAAGAUGGUGCCAGGAUAUUCACAGAGAAGGGUCAUGCGGAUAAGCAGCGAAAUUAGGGGCAAUCACAUGCAAGAUAAUGUCAUGUGGGAUUCACGCACCUAUGAUGAUAUCGCCUGUCUAUCACAUACACAUGAUGAUUCACACUUCAAUGAUUUAAAGAGAAACAAUUAUUUCAGCCAAUAACAGUAAGCCCUUCCAGCUGACCCGCCUCUGUCAAUACUGUGAUCUUGGUUAUUUAUAAAUACACACACACACACGCACACACACAAAAAUGUGUUUGUUAUUUAGCGGUGAGUGUGUGUGUGUUAUGUAGAGGUGAGGCUGUGUGUUUGUGUAUAUAUAUGUGUGUGUGUGUGUGUGUGUGUGUGAGUGAGAGAGAGAGAGAGAGAGAGAGAGAGAGAGCGCCUUAACACUGAAACGUUAACGUUUCCUUUUGCUGCCUUCAAAGCCUGUUUGCGGUGUUCACCUGUGCCUUCACUACAUUCUCAUGAUGUCAUUAUGAUAAGCUCAUGUGGCAAUCACACCGUUAUGACGAUGGUGUUAUGAUGAUUCCAUAUGCCAUUUACACAUUGUCCUCUGGGGACAGCCUUGUAGUUUACAAGACACCCACUCUUGCCCUCGAUUCAAACCAGAGGUGGGUAGAGUAGCAACUAAUUGUACUCAAGUAAGAGUACUGUUACUCUACAAUAAUAUGACCCAUGUUAGAGUAAAAAGUAGUCUUCCAGAUAAUUUAUUGAGGAAGAAUUAAGUAUUCAAUGAAAAAACUCAAGUACUGAGUGACUGGUGAGUAACUUCAGAUUUUUUUAAUCAAACCGUGAUGUCAACUAGACAAAAAUAUCAAAUGGGAAUCUGGAAAUUCAGAUAAUGCCCAACAAUAACAUUGACUGGAACAAAAUAAAUAAAUGUUAUGUUUUUAAAAAAGAACAUAAAUUAACUUUACACUGAUGAAACAGCACAAUAGGCUUACCAGGCGGAGAGUAAGUAGUCCUUGUUUUCUCUGUUCUUUUCACCAGGCAGGUUUUACGUAAAUGAACCACUUUGCAAACUUUGUUUCUGCGUGAGGUCACAGCGAUGUCGUGUGCAGUCAUGUGACAUCCUGGCUCUGUUUGAUUGGUGAAAUGGAGUCAUACGUUACUAGUAGUUCUGUUGGAAUGGAGAAACAGAUUCACGUGUAAAAAGUCUCUUUUACAAACCAAAAAAAAAACAAAAAAAACGAUUGUACAACCUGUUAUA